GUUCAGCCUCCUUGUCGAUUCGCUUUAGAUGGCUCCCGCCAAGAAGGGUGGCGAGAAGAAGAAGGGCCGCUCCGCCAUCAACGAGGUGGUGACCAGGGAGUACACCAUCAACAUCCACAAGCGCAUCCACGGCGUGGGUUUCAAGAAGCGUGCCCCUCGGGCUCUCAAGGAGAUCCGGAAAUUUGCCAUGAAGGAGAUGGGGACUCCAGACGUGCGCAUUGACACCAGGCUCAACAAAGCUGUCUGGGCCAAAGGAAUAAGGAAUGUCCCAUAUCGUAUCCGGGUACGUUUGUCCAGAAAACGUAAUGAGGAUGAAGACUCACCAAACAAGCUGUACACAUUGGUCACCUACGUGCCUGUCACCACUUUCAAAAGUCUGCAGACCGUGAACGUGGACGAGAACUAAUGCCGCUGGGAAGGGCGUGGGGUGAAAGGUGACACCUCCUCUCCUUCUGCAGGUCUGCAGACCGUGAACGUGGAUGAGAACUAAUGCUGAUGGUCGAAUAAAGUUAUACAACUGCC